AUCGUUGCUAUGAUCGGUUGCUAGGGACAACAAAUCAUACAAACACAUUCACAUUUGCCUGUUUAUAUUCAUUUUUAGCAUAAAUUUAAAAAGCUAAUAGUGAUGAGUUGGGUGAGAACUUAUAAUCCAUCUGUAAGAGUCGGCAAUUGGAAUGAGGACAUUGCGCUAGAAGAGAAUACCAUAAAAGAUUUCUUAGAGAGAAGAGAAAGAGGGGAGCUACUCAUACAGAAAUCAUCAAAGUUCCGAGAAACACUCUUAGAGCCUAUAACGACAUCAACAUCACGAGAUGGUAAAGUGCACUUUGGCGAUCUUGUCCAAUUGGGAUGUGAGGAACCAAAGUCUGUUUUGAGCUUGAAUGGCAAUGAUGUUUACGGUUCUCGAAACGUAGAAAGCAGUCAGAGAAACGUCUUUUGUAUUGUGAGUUGUGAUGGAACGGCGAACGGGGAGCCUCUAAACUAUGGGCAAGAUUUCAUGCUCCGCACGGCACACAGCUGUUUGUUCUUGGAGAGUGACAGGCAGACGUUUGCACGUGCCGCAAAGAAAUCUCGUCACAAUUUAGUUCAAUUAGUCGAAAGACCUUCCAAGCUAACUAGAUGGCGUGCAAUUUUUUUCAAUCCAAAAUUUCGUCUUGAAUCGACAGGAUUUCCAGUUCAAGCAAACGAAAAAUGUCUAAUACAACAUUGCAUGACUAAUGUAAAUCUAAAUCUGGAAUCAGAGCAUUUACUGUCAACACCCUUUGGAAAAGAGUACGAGGUAGCCGGUCAUAGUUGCUAUGAUUCCCACAAAGCCGAAUUAGGUACUAAUCAUUGGAGAUUCGAAAUGGACAUACCCGGCGGUCCCGAAAAGCUUUCAUCAUCAUAA